AUGGCGGCCAACGGUGACGUCUCUUCCGUGCCCCGCUCCGAGUCCCCCACUGGAUCGCCUCGAUCCGCGUCCAUUUCUUUGCAUGCCGCUGCCGCUAUGAAUGCCGGCCUCCAACGAGAACCCUCACGCAGAUCGUCCAACAGCUCCCUAGCUCGCAGCCUCGCAUCCCCGCCCAGCCGCCGACGGUCAACCAUCCUGAUGAACCUCCAGCUAAACGACCCUGCGGUGCCGGCGCCGGGCGAGAUGUUCCAAGAGCAACAUAUGAGGGUGAGCCCGCAGCCUUAUGGCGGCGGCGUCCCGCCAGAGUCGAGCCGACAUAUCAGGACGCCGAGUUUGGGCGAGCUUCAUCAGGAGCUCGAGGCAGAGCAGGAGGGCCAUGUCAAUCGCCUUUUGAACAUGAUUCGACAACAGCAGCUGGAGCUUCAACGUCUCCAAGCCAACCAUCCGCAUGCAGCUGGCGGAGACGAGAGUGCGACCGCGAGCGUUGCUGGCUCCGAGAGGCCACACCGGUCGCUGCCCGUCCCCAUCUCGACCCAGUCCCCGACCGGAAACCAUGUGCCAUCCAUCUCUGGCUCUUCCUUUUCUCGAUCGCCCAUCUUUCCUCACCACCGCAACUCCAUGGAGAUGGCUCGCGCCGACAUGCAGCGCCGGUCCAGGACGCCAAGCCGAAACGCCUCGCCUCGGCUGCGGGCGACUUCCAUCAGUGCCGAGAGCGGCGACUGGUCUCUGUUCCGCGACGAAAGUGCCUUUUACCAGGCCGAAACGCAAAUGCUGACCCGCGAGAACCAGAUGCUCCGGCAUCGAAUUCGGGAACUGGAAAAGCAAGUCUCUGAAAUGACCAGCUCUCCCGUACCAAACGAGCCGCCGGUGUCCUCAAACCUUACUCGAUCGUCGACCUCGGCCGAGGAGAGCGAAUCUGUGUCCAGGGCAGCAUAG